UGGAAAAAAUUUCAACAAAUGUAUUAUUUGAGAGAGAGAGAGAAAGAGAAUCAGUUAGCUGAGGCCGUCAAUAAUGAGCAGCUCCUCCAAGUCCAGAAACUUCCGGCGGCGAGGCGACGUUGACGAUGAAAAGACCGACGCCAACACCAAUAACACUGACACCAACGCCAAAGCCACCCCCUCCACCACCCGGAAGCCACCACCACCCCAAUCUACAAAGCCAAAACCAAAGAAGCUCCUAAGUUUUGCCGAAGAUGAAGAAGAUGAACAAGCUGUCACCCGUAUUCCCUCCUCCAAAUCCAAACCAAAACCUAAACCUAAACCAACCUCCUCUUCCUCUCACAAAUUGACCGUAUCCCAAGAUAGACUUCCUCCAACAACCUCCUACUUAACGACAGCAUCCAAUGUCCAACCUCAAGCAGGUACUUACACUAAGGAAGCCCUUCUUGAGCUCCAGAGAAACACCCGCACCCUCGCUAAAUCCACAAAGACCACCACCCCUGCCUCCGCGUCUGAACCUAAAAUUAUCCUCAAAGGUCUCCUUAAACCCUCCUUUAGCCCUAGCCCUAACCCUAACCCUAAUUAUUCUUCUAAUCAUCAACAACAAGACGAUGCCGACGACCAGUCGGAAGAUGAGAACGAGGAUAAAGAUAACGGUGCCGACGACGCACAGAAUCGAUUGGCUUCUAUGGGAUUGGGGAAAUCCACUUCUGAUGAUUAUUCCUGCUUUCCCGACGAGGAUACUAUUAAGAAGAUUAGGGCCAAGAGAGAGCGGUUGAGGCAAUCAAGGGCCGCCGCUCCUGAUUAUAUAUCAUUGGAUUCUGGGAGUAAUCAUCAAGGCGGAUUCAGUGACGAGGAGCCUGAGUUUAGGACUAGGAUUGCCAUGAUUGGCACCAUGACCAAGGACACUGCUACUCAUGGAGGAGUUUUUGAUGCAGCUGCUGAUGACGAUGAAGAUGACGAUGAUGAUCGCUCCAUCAAGGCAAAAGCAUUGGCAAUGAUGGGUACUCAUCAUCAUCAUGCUGUUGUGGAUGAUGGGAAUGUUGCUGCUGCUGCUUCUGUUGUUCAUGAUGAGGAGGAUGAGGAGGACAGGAUUUGGGAGGAAGAACAAUUUAGGAAGGGAUUAGGAAAGAGGAUGGAUGAUGCUUCUGCUCCUAUUGCUAAUAGGGCUCUUGCCAGCACUGCUGGUGCUGCUGCUUCUAGUACUAUUCCUAUGCAACCUCAGCAGAGGCCGACGCCAGGCUAUGGUUCAAUUCCAAGCAUUGGAGGGGCAUUUGGAUCUUCUCAAGGAUUGGAUGUCUUGUCUAUUCCACAACAAGCUGAUAUUGCUAAGAAAGCUUUGCAAGACAACCUCAGGAGGCUUAAGGAAUCUCAUGGUAGAACGAUUUCAUUGCUGUCAAAGACUGAUGAGAAUUUAUCUGCCUCGCUAAUGAAUGUUACUGCUCUUGAAAAGUCUAUAUCUGCUGCUGGUGAGAAGUUCAUCUUUAUGCAAAAGCUUCGUGACUUUGUUUCUGUUAUAUGUGAAUUUUUGCAGCAUAAAGCUACUUUAAUUGAGGAACUUGAAGAGAGGAUGCAGAAGCUUCAUGAAGAACAGGCAUCACUUAUCUUAGAAAGAAGAACUGCUGAUAAUGAGGAUGAAAUGAUGGAGGUAGAAGCAGCAGUGAAAGCAGCGAUGUCAGUUUUCAGUGCAAGAGGUAAUUCUGCAGCAACAAUUGAUGCUGCCAAAAGUGCUGCAGCAGCUGCAUUAGUUGCCUUGAAAGAUCAAGCAAAUCUGCCAGUGAAGUUAGAUGAAUUUGGCAGAGAUAUCAACUUGCAGAAACGGAUGGAUAUGGAGAAAAGGGCUAAGGCUCGUCAACGCAGGAAAGCUCGUUUUGAUUCGAAGAGAUUGUCAUACAUGGAGGUGGAUAGUUCUGACCAGAAAAUCGAGGGAGAAUUGAGCACGGAUGAGAGUGACAGUGACAGUGAAAAAAAUGCUGCUUACCAGUCAACCCGUGAUUUGUUGCUCCGGACUGCGGAGGAGAUCUUCAGUGAUGCUUCUGAAGAAUAUUCCCAACUUUCAGUGGUCAAAGAAAGAUUUGAAACAUGGAAGAAAGAAUAUUUUGCAAGCUAUAGAGAUGCUUACAUGUCACUCAGUGCACCUGCUAUUUUUUCUCCUUAUGUGAGACUAGAACUCCUAAAAUGGGACCCGCUUCAUGAGGAUUCAGAUUUUUUUGAUAUGAAAUGGCACUCUCUACUAUUUAAUUAUGGUCUGCCAGAAGACGGAAGUGAUCUCAAUCCAGAUGAUGUUGAUGCUAACCUUGUACCUGGACUAGUGGAGAAGAUUGCAAUUCCUAUUUUGUAUCAUGAGAUUGCCCAUUGUUGGGACAUGCUUAGCACUCAAGAGACGAAAAAUGCCAUUUCUGCCACAAGCUUGGUAAUAAAUUAUGUUCCGGCUACUAGUGAGGCUCUAUCAGAGCUACUAGCUGCAAUCCGCACCCGUCUAGCUGAUGCAGUUGCUAGUACAGUGGUCCCAACAUGGAGCCUGCUUGUGCUGAAGGCUGUGCCGAGUGCUGCACAAGUUGCAGCGUACCGGUUUGGAAUGUCUGUUCGUUUGAUGAGGAAUAUCUGCUUGUGGAAAGAUAUCCUGGCAUUGCCAGUUCUUGAGAAGCUUGUCCUUGAUGAGCUUUUGUGUGGGAAGGUACUGCCUCAUGUUCGAAGCAUUGCAUCAAAUGUUCAUGAUGCAGUCACAAGAACUGAAAGAAUUGUUGCUUCUUUAUCUAGGGCUUGGGCAGGUCCAAGUGCCACCAGUGAUCACAGCAGCCACAAGUUGCAGCCACUGGUGGAUUUCAUUUUAUCAAUAGGAAUGACACUGGAGAAAAGACAUGUAUCAGGUGUCACCGAGACUGAGACUAGUGGACUUGCUCGUCGAUUGAAGAAGAUGCUCGUUGAGCUGAAUGAUUAUGACAAUGCUCGGGACAUGGCUAGAACCUUCCAUCUGAAGGAGGCGUUGUGAAUCAGGUGCAAUUGGUGACCAAGACUUGCAAAGGUGAUCCAUAUUUGGAAGUUGCUAAGACCUCGUACAUACUGGACCUUCCAUUGGAGGAGACAUGGAUCAAACAGGUCAGUCAGGAUCAUAAUUUGAAUUAGGUAACUAGAAGAAGAUGCUGUGACUUGGCUUGUGCUUUGUAUUUAGAGGAACUGGGAACUUCUAGGGAAUUAUGCGGAUCUCUAAUGGCAGGAAGAGACAGUGAGCUCUGGCAUUUUAACUGCUUUUGAAGUGGUUUGCUGUCAAAUGCUUUUCUAACUGGAAACUCUCGUUGGGUUGUUCUGGAAAAUGUUGCAAGUUUUUGCGACCAUUACGUGAUUUCUGCUGGAAGAAAGUGUUCUCGAUUCAAAUCACAAAUUUAAGCAUGAUUUACUGUUAA